AUGCCUCGCCGAAGCUCUGGAGGAAGAUCUGCCCGCCCAGCUCCUCGUCCUGCACCAGCUCGCAGCCCACCUCCCCAAACAGUUAACCAUGCUCCUCCACCAGCUCAUGCUCAAAGUAGUGGUGGUGGAUCGUUGCUUGGAGGCAUUGGUUCAACCAUAGCACAGGGCAUGGCUUUCGGUACUGGAAGUGCAGUGGCACACAGAGCUGUAGAUGCUGUGAUGGGUCCUCGCACUAUUCAACAUGAAACUGUGGGGUCUGAGGCUGCAGCUGCCCCAGCACCUGCUGCAAGCAGUAUGGUUGCUGAUGCAUGCAAUAUCCACACCAAGGCAUUCCAAGAUUGUGUGAACAACUUUGGAACUGAUAUCAGCAAGUGCCAGUUCUACAUGGACAUGUUGGCGGAGUGCAGGAAGAACUCAGGCUCUAUGUUGAGUGCCUAA